AUGAAACUUUCACAGAUUCAAGUUGAGAAGCCAGUAGAAACAGUAAAGAAUCUUCAAUUUCCAUCAUCACUAUGUUCAAAUAAUACUUCUAUUUUAUCAUCACCAUGUGCAAGGCUUAAAUUUUCUUCACCAUCUUCGAAUCGUAAAUUUGAAGAAUUAGUGUUUGUCAAUCUUAAUGCUGACCAUUUUUCAAUGAAUAUGGAAAUCGGAUCACUUGAAUCAAGUAAACCGGUAAAUUCAUCGAUUAAUAAGAAAAAUAGUGAUAAGGCAAAGCUUAUAUUAGCAAUGCUGAUGUCUGGAACUCAUGUUCGUAAUGAUUUUGAUCCUUCAUACAUGUCCCAAUCUAUUCAAAAAUUGCUUGAAAAAAUUGAAUAUGUUACUCUGCAAGUUCACAAUGAGAAUCUAAUUGUACAAAUUUAUGAUUUUACUUUUAAUCCAAUUAAAGUAAGACAAAUUUUAAUUGAUGUUUUAAUUCCAGUUCGUCCUACA